UUCUCAUAAAAGUUCCCUCCUUCCUUCGUAAAUUCCAACCAUCGCCUAUUUCCUUGUUCCCCGCCCGCCUGCAAAUCUUCACAAACUUCCUCAAAUUCUCAUUUACAUCUCCAAGCUCAAAUGAUCCUCCGUCUUCAUGGCUGUUUCUCCUCUUUCCUCCUUUCUUUUUUGUUUUUACUCUACCCUUUGGCCUUCUCUGUACCUUCUUCAGACCAAAUCGACACCAUGAUCAGACUUUCUCAGCUUUUCAACAGUUCAGCCGUCGGAUGGGAUCUUACAAAGCAGUCCAACCCUUGUUCCUGGAAGGGAGUUAAUUGUAGUGCUGGUUCCUUGAUUACUGAGCUUUCUUUAUCUGGGUUUGGUCUCUCUAGCUCUGAAUUUUUGUCUGUAGUUUGUAAUAUUAGUUCUUUGCAAUCGCUUGAUGUCUCUGAGAAUCAACUCAGCUCAAUUCCCUCUGAGUUCAUCACAUAUUGUGGGAAAAUUGGUGGGCUCAAGUUGUUGAAUUUUAGUAGGAAUGGAUUGCGGGGUUCUUUGGUUAGUUUUAUUGGUUUCGUUGAAUUAGAGUUCUUGGAUUUGUCUUACAAUUUUUUGGGUGGUAACAUCAGUUUACUCUUGGAUGAAUUAGUUAAUCUCAAAAGUUUGAAUGUUAGUCGCAAUUUUUUUGGAGGGAGUAUUCCUAGCAACCUCGGAAAAUCUAAGGCUUUAGAGCAGCUUGUGCUUUCUGUGAAUAAUUUCACUGGUGAAAUACCUGAAGAAAUUGCAGAUUAUGGGAAUUUAACAUUGAUUGACCUUAGUGUUAAUGGUCUUUCAGGGUCUAUUCCUCGUAGAAUUGGAGAACUUGCCAAGUUGAAAGUUCUAAUUCUCUCGCUGAAUAACUUAAAUGGUGGAAUUCCAACAACCCUUUCCAGUAUAUCAACCCUGUCGCGUUUUGCAGCCAAUCAGAACAAUUUUAGUGGUCCAAUUCCUAGUGAUCUCACAAAAUAUUUGAAGAAUUUGGAUCUUAGUUACAACAAGUUGACAGGGUCAAUUCCAGAAGACCUUUUGUCAUCUGCGAAUUUGCAGACUGUGGAUUUGUCCAAUAAUUCACUUGAGGGUUCAAUACCUGAUAAAAUUUCUCCAAGCAUGGUGAGGUUGAGAUUAGGAAGCAAUGCACUCAAUGGUUUGAUCCCUUCCUUGAAUUUUGCAGCUCUUGAAAAUUUAACUUACUUGGAGCUAGACAACAAUAGCCUCACUGGAACCAUACCUCCACAACUGGGUAAUUGCCAAAAUUUGGCACUGUUGAAUUUGGCUCAAAAUAAAUUGAAUGGUUCAUUGCCGGCGCAGUUGGGUAAUCUCAGCCGUCUUCAAGUUAUGAAACUUCAGCUCAAUGACCUGGGUGGAGAAAUCCCUGUUGAGUUUUCCCAGCUAAAGACUUUGUCUCAAUUAAACAUUAGCUGGAACUCGCUUACUGGUUCGAUACCUCCUUCCUUUUCCAACUUGCAACAGCUUAGAAACUUGAAUUUACAAGGCAACCAUCUCAAUGGUUCCAUACCUGUCUCUAUUGGGAACAUGAAUUCUUUGAUAGAGCUCCAACUUGGAGAAAAUCAGCUAAGUGGCCCAAUUCUGAAGUUGCCAGAGAAAUUGCAGAUUGGUUUGAAUCUGAGUAGCAAUCUGUUUAAAGGACCAAUCCCAGACAGUCUUUCUAGCCUAACUGUAUUGGAAGUUUUAGAUCUCUCACACAACAAUUUUUCUGGUGAGAUUCCGGACUUUUUUAUUCAAAUGCAAUCCCUGGUGCAGUUAAUUCUUUCUUACAAUCAGUUGUCAGGAAUUAUUCCUAAGUUCAGCUUCCAUGUCUCAGUCAACAUUACUGGAAAUUUGGACCUCAGAAAUGGAACAGAACAAAAUGUUCCCCAAAAACAGGCAAAGGGAAACAAAUCAGCUGCUUUGCCAAUUAUUAUUGCCAUGGUGGCUGCAAUUGUUGCUGUCGGUGUUACAAUCAUUGCUCUAUUAAUUUCAAGACGCUUUUACCGGGUUAAUGAUGAGCAUUUACAAGUUGAGGAAGAGCUUCCUAUUCCCCAGGUCAUCCGAGGCAAUCUUUUGACAGCAAACGGAAUCCAUAAAUCAAAUAUCUCCUUCCCCAAGGCCAUGGAAGCAGUUGCUGAUCCAUUAAACAUUGUGCUGAAAACUAGGUUUUCAAUCUAUUACAAAGCAAUCAUGCCAUCUGGAAUGACCUACGUCAUCAAGAAGCUUAACUGGAGUGAUAAGAUAUUCCAAUUGGGAAGCCAUGAUAAAUUUGAACAAGAGUUAGAGGUCUUGGGGAAGCUCAGCAAUUCAAAUGUCAUGACUCCUUUGGCUUAUGUGUUGACUGCAGAUAGUGCUUAUCUGUUCUACGAAGAUGCUCCAAAGGGAACCCUUUCUGAUGUUCUUCAUGGCAGUGUUGGAAAUUCUUUAGAUUGGGCGAGUCGUUACAGUAUAGCAGUAGGAGUAGCUCAGGGUCUUGCUUUUCUACAUGGAUUGACCUCCAGUCCGAUUCUCCUUCUUGAUCUAUCAAGUAGGAACAUUAUGCUUAAGUCACUGAAAGAGCCACAAGUUGGAGACAUUGAACUCUGCAAAGUGAUUGACCCUUCAAAGAGUACUGGCAGCCUUUCCAUGGUUGCUGGUUCUGUCGGUUAUAUUCCUCCUGAAUAUGCUUACACGAUGAGGGUAACAAUGGCUGGUAACAUAUACAGUUUCGGGGUCGUUCUCCUGGAGUUGCUAACCGGAAAGCCUGCAGUUUGUGAGGGUACUGAGUUAGCCAAAUUGGUCCUACGAAACUCAGCACAACAUGAUAAAUGGGAUCACAUCCUUGAUUUUAGUGUCAGCAGUACAUCACUAGCUGUCCGAAGCCAGAUGUUUGCAGUCCUUAAGGUUGCUAUUGCUUGUGUUAAUGUCUCACCUGAAGCAAGGCCAAAGAUGAAGAGUGUGCUGCGGAUGCUCCUGAAUGCAAGAUAAACCUUUGUUGAGUGACAAAUUGGACAGUGACACAAGAUAUAGCCAUUUGCUUCUUGAGUUAAAGCAAAUAAGAAGUUAGAUGUAGCAGACAUUAUACAAUAUACAGAAGAUGGUUUCCUGCCUUUUCAUCAUAUGUGUUUUAUUAUAUUUGUAAGAUAAUAGCUUUUUUAGCCAUACAAAAAUGGCUAUCUGUAAGCCAACCUGCAUGUGAAUUUUUUUUUUUUUGGGUAAUAACAGUUUAUGAUAUACAUUAUAAGUAGGAAUUAGAGGUUGCUAGUCGUUCCAUUUUAUGCAGCUUAUGAAACACUUGAAAGCAUUUCAAGCAUCUUCUUCUUGUUUAAGUCUGAGAGGAUGAAUGAUUGCUAAUAGCUCAAACU